AUGAAUACAGGAGAGAAAACAGUUUUCCAAGAAUUUCUGACACACCAGGGCACUGUGGUAAAGACCUGCUGCUGGCCGAGGCAGACCCACGUGUGUGCCAAGUGUCCCUACCACAUACGGACAGGGGAAGAAGCCAGAGUCCUAUACAAAGAAUUCCACAGGGUCUUUGGCUUCCCGCACAGACCCCCAGUGACUCCCCAAAACAGGCACCUUCUCUUCUAUGAGCUGAGGAGCUUCUCGGGCAGAGUCCUCCAAAAAGGCCACGCCACAAACUGCAGUGCCCAAGGCAAGCACCCUGAGGCUGUGUUGUUCGAGGCUGGCGCUUACCUGGAUGCAGUCACAGCUGCCUGUGCAAGCAUCAGCUGCAUCACCCUCUACUCCAAUUUCUCACCCUGCAACGAGGCUCAGCACUGCUGCGUGAAGAAAAUGUUCAGCUUCCUGCUGAGGCACCCCCACAUUUUGCUCUGCAUCUACUUCUCUCAGCCCUAUCCCUGCAGGGACAGUCUUCCCGGGGCUCUGCGGGACCUUUGCAGCCUCUGGCCCCGGGUGACCCUGCAGAGGCUUCCAGGAGGGGCAUGGCCAUACCUGCUCUACCACUUUGUGUGUGGCAUCACGGGGGCAACCCCUUGUCACCCAGCUCUGCCAGCAGGUGCACAAAACCCACAUCAAAUUAACCUGACAGCAACUAAAACAUAUUUUAGGACAGCUUUUCCCCAGGGAAUGCAGGGGAACCCAGCUGGACAGCAGAAUUUAAAGGCCUUUUCCCCUCUCAGACUGGCCUCCCAGCAGCCUUUCCCAGCCAUGAAAGGCAGUCUGUUUCCUCUGAUGUCUCCAAGCCAAGGAGGGCUUUUCCCAGGUGUAUUUCUGCCCUCUCAGAGGGAACAGCUAUACCCCAGACCCAGAAAUGUUGUAAGGCAUUUAAAAAUGCCAAAGGAGUGUGAAAAACGAGUGGAUCACCCUCUGGUAUCCAUCUGCUCCAGCGUGAGCACUUCUCCCACGGGCUGCAAGUGGAUCUCUGCAUCCCCCGUGGACUUCCUGGAUUACAGGGGGACAGUUUGUUUCACCAUCAUCCUCACCAUGGCUUGCAGAGGAAUUUAG